AUGGGACGCGGGCGCAAGGGCUCAGCAAAGCGUGUCAAGGCUCCAAAGCGAAGCAAGGCCCCGAAGCGAAGUAAGGCCCUGAAGCCAAUCAAGGCCCCAAAGCGAUCAGUUCGACAGAAGCCAUCCAAGUCACUUGUUCGACAGAAGGCUUCAUCAAAGCAAACUGUUCGACAGAAACCCUCGGUCAAGCGUCCUGUUCAUAAGCCCUCGUCAAAACGGCCUGUUCAACGCAAGACCUCGUCAAAGAGACCUGGUCAAAACAGCUACGACUACAACUACGACUACAACUACGACUACAACAACGACUACACAUCAUACCCAUCUGUUGAAGCUGGUGGAUAUCUGGAGCACUCUGGCAGCAGGAUCUCGCGUCGUCGGUGUGUGGUAAUCUCCCGUAUCAUCGAGCUCGCCUUCGUGGCUGUCACCCUCGGCGUCGGGAUUUAUCGUCUUCUCCACCCCCCUAUACCAACGUAUCCUCCAGGCACUACGGAUGACCAUGGCGCGAUACCCUUGAUCCUCGCAGCCGGCGCGUUGGGGGUUGUCAGCGUAACUUUUGGUUUCGUUUUCCUGUCCGACAGAUUCGUCUUCAUGUCAGAAAGGGGCCGCAAAUGGUGUGGGUUGUACAUAUUCGCGUGGUUGGAUACCAUUUAUUUUACAGUGGGCUUUGGUGCGGUAUAUAACGCGCACACUAGUCUAACCGACGAAAAGACGCAUUGCUAUAAAAAUAUCGGGUCCUAUCCUGGCUGUGCAAUGCUGAUGGCGACAAUGGUGAUGACCUGUCUUGGCAUUCUCACUGUCUUCGCGUGCGCGGUCGUGGAGGCUUUUUACGUCCAUCAACGAAGAAAGGCUUGA